AAAGAAAACCAAGCAUCACCGCUCCCAAUUGGAUUUCCUUUACUAGUCACAAUUAAGCCCAACCACCACCCUUUUCUCUUCUCACCACCAGAGUCCCAAUGGUAAGAACAAACAGCCAUUGACAUCCGUGCGAGAUGCAACCGCAACUCCGCAAGAUCCACGGCAUCGAUCGACCAACACACAAGUAUUUCAGGACGGCGAAUCCAAGCGAUGGAGCCAGCAAUUCCGGCUACGAAGGUGACAUGAAGAGGAGUUUAGUGGCUUUGUCGGUCAAGGUGCGAGGUGAUCGAAUGACGAUCUAAGCAAGGAAUAGAUUCCCUAGUGACUCUGAUAUAGCUCUAGGCACGAAUACGAG